AUGCAUUCGAUAUCAAGGAGGAUCAAGGCAAAACAGAUGUCACCAUUGCCGAAAAGCAGAGUUACUGUGUUACCACCUUUCACCAGUACAGGUAUUGAUUACUUUGGACCACUCUACGUAAAGAAAGAAGGCCAUCAAAAGAAAGUCUGGAUUUGUCUCUUUACUUGCACAGCUGUUCGAGCCGUGCAUCUGGAAGUAGUUGAAGAUAUGUCAGCAGAAUGUUUUCUUGAUGCACUACGUCGAUUCGUGGCAAGAAGAGGAAAACCUGAUGAGAUUAUCACUGACAACACGAAACAAUUUAAGACAGUUCAGAAUACAAUUGAUACUGCCUGGGCGAACAUCCUGGCAGAUCCAACAGUACACAGUUAUAUGAGUGAAAAACGAAUCAAGUGGAAGUACAUCAUCGAACUUUCGCCUUGGAUGGGAGGGUUCUACGAAAGACUAGUCGGGACUACAAAGAUGGCAUUAAAGAAAAGCAUUGGUAGGCUUCAUCUAACGUCAACACAAUUACAAACCAUCAUCACUGAAAUCGAAGGAGUAGUCAACAGUCCACCACUAGUUUAUAUAGACAACGACAUAGAGAACGAAGUGCUAACACCUGCACAUUUCCUUUCACUGAAUCCGAAAACUGGAACACCGAUACUUAAAGAAGCUGACGAAGAUGACGACCGAGAUGACCCCAACUACCAGAACGAAGAAAUGUCCACCGCGAAAAAAUUAUUAGAAACAUGGAAGAAAGGAAAUCGACACUUGGAACAGUUUUGGAAAAUAUGGAGAGAUCAAUACUUAUUAAACCUUCGAGAACGCAGUCAAAGAUUCAACAAACAGCCACGAAUACAGAAUUUAAAAGAAGCAAAAGUCGGAGACAUAGUACAAAUGAAAGAUGCAGCACCAAGAGGCACAUGGAAGAUUGGACGAAUUGUUGAAAUGAUCAAAAGUCAAGACGGAGAGGAGAGAGCUGCUCGAAUUCUUAUGCCAAACAAAAACGUACUACAAAGAUCGAUUGUACAUUUGUAUCCACUGGAAUGUGAUGAGGACGAGAGGGACAACAAGGACCAGCGAGAUGACAAUCAACAGCAACACUUUCAAGACGCAACAUCUUCGGCUGCAGAUUACAACGAGAGCAAAGACAUAGAACAUUCUAACACAAAUAGACCACGCCGAAGAGCAGCACAAGAAGCACGAGACCGAAUCGUUGAACAAACGCUACCCGAUAAUUAAUCGAUAGACGGGCAACUUUCUCGGUGUUGGGCAUGUCGCGAAUACGAGAUUAUUCUGAAACAUUCAAAGUGCUGAGUAGACAUAACAAACUAACUAGAACAUUCGAAGAAUGAUUUAGCGCAUGAUAUUCGAACUCUACUGAACAAUAGACCUUUGUUUUGUUUAUAAUAGGAACCUUCGGAAAAGAACAUUCUAGAACAUUAUUUUUAGUAUAUAUAUAGACAGAAAACGGCAUUUGUCAAGUUAAGUUAAAAGGGUUGCAUUAUGAAGAACGAAAUAUAAGAAGUUAUAAAAUCAAGGCUAACUCGUUGAUCUGUCGCAACAUUAAUUACACGUAUUUUUUAUGGGAAACUUAAC